AUGAGUAAGGACAAAGAAGUCAGUUCUUUCCUUAAGGGUGAUUUUAAUGAUCUAUGUUACUCCUGUCGUACAGGGGAUGUCGAAAACGCUGAUCGACUUAUAUCAACUGGGAUUAACAUUAACCAGGUGGACAAAUUUGACAAUUCACCUCUGUUUUUAGCAAGUUUAUGUGGUCAUAUAGAAGUGGUCAAGCUUUUGUUAGAAAGAGGAGCUGUAUGUGAUAGGGAUAGACAUGAAGGGGCCCGUUGCGUAUAUGGUGCCCUUACUGAUGAUAUUAGGAAUAUGCUUGUGAGUUAUGAUAUUUCUAAGAAAUUCGAUUCAAACCAACCAUUCGCUGCACAUAUAUCAUCUUUAUUAAAUUAUACCGACUAUAGAUUCGAUACAUGCGAUCUACGUAUCAAUUGUAAAGAUGAGAAGAGAGCGGUCUUUGCACACAAAUUUAUGGUAUUUGCGAGGAGUUCAGCGUUGCACAACUCUUCACCAAGUGAACUGAAUGAGAUGUUUACUGAAGUAUCCAUGGAGGUGCUCGGUACUUUAAUAGAAUUUAUUUAUUUGGUUCCAAUACUACAUAGCACACCAUCUACUGAUUUCCCAGAGUUAAUUAAAUUGGCAAAUUAUUUUCAAUUGGACUCAUUAUCGGAGUUUUUAAACAAGUUCAGACAUACGGCAGAUCCAGUAGAAAAGUCAAAUUUAAUAGUUACUUAUCAAUACAAAUUUACUGAGUUGGCAAGAAGACAGCUAAAGAAGUUUGUUAAGGAUAAUAUUAUCGAUAGACAUAUAGAUAUCGACAAUGUUUCACCCAAUUCUGUAUCUAUUCCAGACCCACGGAGUUGUGUUCCAUUCCCAGAUAUUUAUUUAACAGUAGAAAAUUCUGUUGGUUCACGCAGAAUAUACCCUUGUCAUAUAGCUAUGUUGUCAAGAGCUGGCUUCUUUAAGGACAUAAUAAGCAAAAAUUUCCAAGAAAAUAAAACAUACAUGACGACAAAGUACGCUUCUAGAGCUGAUGUAGAAGAUUCUCAUAUGUUAUUUGUAGAACUCCCUAUUUGUGAUUUUGGUGUAGCGGAGGCUGUUAUUAAUUAUCUGUAUUACGACAGCUCUGAUUUUGACCCCAACUAUGCAUUUGACGUCAUCAGAUUGGCAGAUUAUAUUAUGGCAGAUAGAUUGAAAACUAUUGCAGCUGCUGUUAUUACCCAGUCUUUAGAAGGUACACUCUCUAAGAACGUUUUUGAUAUUUUACAUUUGGGAUGGGAAACCGGUGUGGUGAGAUUGGAACAAUUCUCUGCCAAAUAUAUAGCACAACACUUAGAAGAACUAAAACUCUCUGAAGAAUUGAGACGGAUAAUCCUGGAAAGUUCUCAACGAAUAUCAAGCAGAGAGGAGACAGAUACUAUUGAAUUAGUAGCUGAUAUACGGUUUUACCUUUUGAGUAAAUAUGACCUCGAAGUUGAUGAUUUAAGUUUACUGGAGAGUGAUGCAGAUGACAGAGAAUUUUUACAAAGUUUAGGAUUACUAGAUUACCAGAAAGAUAUUGAGACAUUAAAUACAAUAUUAAACAAACUGGGUCUUUCUUUUUAA